CUCAGCGCUGGGGGCUGACCCUGCGGCAGCGGCAAUUGAGCGGCAGCUUGCGGCGGCGCAGCACCGGAUGGCGUCGACUCGCGAUCCCGCGGAGCUGCAGGAGCUCGUUGUGCAGGUGGGCGGUCUGUUACAGGACCUCGACAAGCUCAAGGAGCAGGGCGUGAAAGGCUCGGCGGGGCCGGGAGCGGCGCCGCCAGAGGGGGCAAAGGCGGGCGACGCGGCGGGGCUGGGAGCGGGCGCGACAGAGGAAGCAGCGCGGUCGACUCCCGCGGAUCCAGCGGGCGAGGGCGGCCUGGCGGCGGAGUCCGAUGACGGCUCAGGGCAGAAGCCCGAGGACAAUGAUGAUGAUGACGAUGACGGCCCUCCGAACAAGAGGCGGAAAGUCGACGGGGGAUCGACGGCAUGAGCAAGUGAGGGUGAGCCGAGCAGCGCGUCGCUGCGUCCUCCAGCAGAAGGGCGCGCCGCACCUUAGAGGAGUAGAGGGGCGUCGCCUUUCUAUUGUUAACGGGCGAUUGGCGGCUCUCUGCGAGUCCGGGCAGGGUUUUCAUUUCGUGCCGCAGUGUGGUUGCACCCGACCUGCGGGAUUGCGCAGCAUUGCUGCAACCAGUUACGCUUUUAUUCAUAGUCUGUCUGACCACAUGAUUUUGG